CUGCACUGCUGCUGCGGCGGCGGCGGCGCCAGUGGGUCCUCCGGUGACUCUGGGGCGGGGCUGUGGGGAGGGCACGGACUGACAGAAGGACUCCGGCGGAAUGGGGGGUGUGGCUGCUCCGCCAGGGUCCCCAGGGUGGGAGAGCGGCUCCGCGGCCACCGAUGCCCGGACCCCCUCUCUCUUCUGCUAGACAUGCUCUUCCUCUCGUUUCAUGCAGGCUCUUGGGAAAGCUGGUGCUGCUGCUGCCUGAUUCCCGCCGACAGACCUUGGGACCGGGGCCAACACUGGCAGCUGGAGAUGGCGGACACUAGAUCCGUGCACGAGACUAGGUUUGAGGCGGCCGUGAAGGUGAUCCAGAGUUUGCCGAAGAAUGGUUCAUUCCAGCCAACAAAUGAAAUGAUGCUUAAAUUUUAUAGCUUCUAUAAGCAGGCAACUGAAGGACCCUGUAAACUUUCAAGGCCUGGAUUUUGGGAUCCUAUUGGAAGAUAUAAAUGGGAUGCUUGGAGUUCACUGGGUGAUAUGACCAAAGAGGAAGCCAUGAUUGCAUAUGUUGAAGAAAUGAAAAAGAUUAUUGAAACUAUGCCAAUGACUGAGAAAGUUGAAGAAUUGCUGCGUGUCAUAGGUCCAUUUUAUGAAAUUGUCGAGGACAAAAAGAGUGGCAGGAGUUCUGAUAUAACCUCAGUCCGACUGGAGAAAAUCUCUAAAUGUUUAGAAGAUCUUGGUAAUGUUCUCACUUCUACUCCAAACGCCAAAACUGUUAAUGGUAAAGCUGAAAGCAGUGACAGUGGAGCCGAGUCUGAGGAAGAAGAGGCCCAAGAAGAAGUGAAAGGAGCAGAACAAAGUGAUAAUGGUAAGAAAAUGAUGAAGAAGUCAGCAGACCAUAAGAAUUUGGAAGUCAUUGUCACUAAUGGCUAUGAUAAAGAUGGCUUUGUUCAGGAUAUACAGAAUGACGUUCAUGCCAGUUCUUCCCUGAAUGGCAGAAGCACUGAAGAAGUAAAGCCUAUUGAUGAAAACUUGGGGCAAACUGGAAAAUCUGCUGUUUGCAUUCACCAAGAUAUAAAUGAUGAUCAUAUUGAAGAUGUUACAGGAAUUCAGCAUUUGACAAGCGAUUCAGACAGUGAAGUUUACUGUGAUUCUAUGGAACAAUUUGGACAAGAAGAGUCUUUAGACAGCUUUACGUCCAACAAUGGACCAUUUCAGUAUUACUUGGGUGGUCAUUCCAGUCAACCCGUGGAAAAUUCUGAAUUUCAUGAAGAUGUUCAAGUACCUCCUGGAAAUGGCAACAUUGGGAAUAUGCAGGUGGUUGCAGUUGAAGGAAAAGGUGAAGUCAAGCAUGGAGGAGAAGACGGCAGGAAUAACAGCGGAGCACCAUACCGGGAGAAGCGAGGCGGAGAAAGUGACGAAUUCUCUAAUGUUAGAAGAGGAAGAGGACAUAGGAUGCAACACUUGAGCGAAGGAACCAAGGGCCGGCAGGUGGGAAGUGGAGGUGAUGGGGAGCGCUGGGGCUCCGACAGAGGGUCCCGAGGCAGCCUCAAUGAGCAGAUCGCCCUCGUGCUGAUGAGACUGCAGGAGGACAUGCAGAAUGUCCUUCAGAGACUGCAGAAACUGGAAACGCUGACUGCUUUGCAGGCAAAAUCGUCAACAUCAGCAUUGCAGACUACUCCUCAGCCCACCUCACAGAGACCAUCUUGGUGGCCCUUCGAGAUGUCUCCUGGUGUGCUAACGUUUGCCAUCAUAUGGCCUUUUAUUGCACAGUGGUUGGUGUAUUUAUACUAUCAAAGAAGGAGAAGAAAACUGAACUGAGGAAAAUGGUGUUUUCCUCAAGAAGACUACUGGAACUGGAUGACCUCAGAAUGAACUGGAUUGUGGUGUUCACAAGAAAAUCUUAGUUUGUGAUGAUUACAUUGCUUUUUGUUGUCCAGUAGUUUAGUUUGUGUACAUAUAUACACAUAUAUAUUUUGCACUACACAAACGAUAACAUUUUAAGGACUAAUAUUGCUGAUACUUGAAUAAUCAAUCUCUACUAGGUUAUAAGUAGUAUAAACAGAUUUACCCUGCCCUUGAACUUGAAGGACAUUAAAUUAUUAAUGAUCAUUUGGUAACAUGUUUACCUGAUUAUCUUCCAUAGAGUAACAUAAGCUGCUUUUCAAAGGUACCAUUGUGAUAAGGAGAUCAAAUUUAUAAGUUAUUAUUUCUAAUUUUCUAAAUUAAAUAAAAGAAAGAAUGCAAACCAGGAGUGAAUUUCAAAUGAGAUGUAAUCGACUUUAUAUCUUAGUCACGGAGUUGCCAUGCUACGUAGUAGAAAACCACAGGAAGAAUCGUCAUAUUCACUUUGUGGGCUGCCCAUAAUCUUUCUUGGGCAUUCACAACUCUUGAGUUUGGUGUUCAGGCACCAUUAUUAAAAAGUGGAGUCCUGUGUACCAGACUGAGUUUUUACAAAUGAUUUGCAGACUAGACAUAACCCGCUGAUGGAAAUGGUGAAGAAUGAGCUUCAUAUAGGUUUAAAAGUGUAUUCUGAGCCUGUAGAUGAUUAAUAAGGUUUUUAUUCAAUCAUAUAAAUGUAUUCCUUUGUAAUCAUUUUUGUUUAACUGAGGAUAUCUAGUGUCUGCUUCAUAGGGUGCUUUGAAAUAUAAAAUGAAAACUUAUUUAUACUGUUUUUACAACAGUCAAAAAGGAAACACAUGAAAAUCACUUUUCUGCAACUGAUGAACUAUACAGACUGGACUCUUAACCUCUUAGUGCCUAGUUUUUCCUUCGGGGUAUACUAUUUUAGAUACACCUACUUCACAGAGUACUGGAAGGAUUUGCAAGCUAACGGGCCAAAUGCUUCCAUAGGAAUAAGGCAUGCCCAACUAACAAAUUUAAGUCCCUCUUCCCCACCUCUCUCAUCUAGACUAAAAAGAAGACUAUAAUUUAGAUCCUUGGAGACUUUUCCUGUAUGCCUUCCAAAACUUCCUGCUCACUUAGAUGUACCUUGUGCUUUGAAGAUUUCUUUGAUGCAGUCUUUGUAGCAAAUAAUUUUUUUUUAAAACGGAGUUUCUCUCUUGUUGCCCAGGCUGGAGGGCAAUGGCGCGAUCUUGGCUCACUGCAACCUCCACCUCCUGGGUUCAAGCAAUUCUCCUGCCUCAGUCUCCCGAGUAGCUGGGAUUACAGGCAUGCGCCACCAUGCCUGCCUAAUUUUAUAUUUUUAGUAGAGACGGGGUUUCUCCAUGUUGGUGAGGCUGAUCUCAAACUCCCAACCUCAGGUGAUCUGCCUGCCUCGGCCUCCCAAAGUGCUGGGAUUACAGGCGUGAGCCAUUGCGCCUGGCCUGUGGCAAAUAAUUUUUAAGCAUUCUUAAGAUGUACGAUGUUGGGUUUAGCAUCAUAUGUUCAGAGUGUUUUAAAUAAGAAAUAAUCUGUCUUUAGUAUACAGGAUGGUUCUUUGUUUGCCUGAAAAGUAUAAGAAUACAAUUUACUUCUCCCAAACUCUUUUUUCCUUAUUUUUUUUCUUUCAAAUAACUUUAAUUAUUUAAUCCCAUACUGAUUAAAAUAUGUCUGUCUAAAGGGAUCUACUACUAUUUGCUUUUAAAAAAGUGUUCCCUAUUUAUUUAGGAAAAAGUGAAGCAAGCAACUGAAUUUAUAUGUAACAAUAACAUUUAGACCUGUGGAUCAAAGUUUAUUUUCAAAAAUUAGAUAUCAAUAUGGCAUCAGUAAAAAGUGUCUUUUCUCUUAGUAUAUAAAUAAAAUGCAAAUUAAGAGUGUAAGCAGUUGUGAAUCAUUACAAGCAGUCUGGGAUAACUAACUCCUAGGGAUAACCAUUUCUAUCCUGUUCCAAAGUCUUAUUUUAUAGUUUGAAAAGCACUUUGCACACAGUUCUUGUAUAUAAAAGUAAAGAUGUAAUUAUAGGAUAUAGUGUUUCUGCUUUGUUUAAUAAGAACCUCAUUUAAAUUUGACAGCUAUGGUAUUUUUUUAAUGAUAACUUCUUUUCUGUUUAUUGUAAAACUAAGUUAAAAAUAAAAGGUUAAUGAGAAAUGA